UUGACGCGGGACGUUCCUGGUCUCGAGCACCGCGGAUUUACUCCAGCUGGCACGCGCACCAUGGCAGAAAUGAAUAGCCUAUGGAAUGAUAACGAGCGGCGGCGCGAGAUGGGCAGGCGUUGAGAUCAGCUUUAACGGCGGCGGCUCAGCUUCGAAAUGGAUGAGUUCCAUCCGUUCAUUGAGGCUCUGCUGCCCCAGGUCCGUGCCUUCGCCUACACAUGGUUCAACCUCCAGGCCAGGAAAAGGAAGUACUUCAAAAAACAUGAGAAGAGGAUGACCAAAGAAGAGGAGAGAGCCGUGAAAGAUGAACUUCUGGGAGAGAAGGCAGAGGUGAAACAGAAGUGGGCCAGUCGUCUCCUGGCUAAGUUAAGGAAGGACAUCAGACCUGAGUGCAGAGAAGACUUUGUGCUGUCAGUCACGGGCAAGAAAGCAGCGUGUUGUGUCCUGUCCAACCCUGACCAGAAGGGCAAAAUGAGACGCAUAGAUUGUCUGCGACAAGCCGACAAGGUGUGGAGGUUGGACCUGGUGAUGGUGAUCCUGUUUAAAGGAAUCCCACUGGAAAGCACAGACGGAGAGCGGCUCGUGAAGGGAGGCCAGUGCUCCAACCCGCUGCUCUGCGUCCAGCCUCGACACAUCUCCGUCUCCGUCAAAGAGCUCGACCUUUACCUCGCGUACUACGUCCAGGAGAGAGAGGCAGAGCAGAGCAGCAGUCCCGGUCGCACUGGUGUCGGCUCUGAUCAGGAAGACAGUCGAACCACCACCAUGGACGGUCCAGAGUUCCAGGAGAGUUUCGUGACAUCAGGAGUUUUCAGUGUCACUGAGCUGGUCCAAGUCUCAAGAACUCCAGUGGUCACAGGAGUAGGACCUAGUUUCUCUGUGGGGGAACUCCAGGGUCAUCUGGCCUAUGACCUCAACCAGUCUGUCAACCAGCCAGUCAGUGUGAGACGAUCACUGGCGAGCACCUCAUCCAGCGGGAGUAAACGACAUAAGUCUGGCUCCAUGGAGGAGGAGGCUGACAGUCCUGGAGGAGAGUAUUACCACUCGCCGUCUUCUCCUGCCAGCAGCUCCAGAAACUGGACUGAUGACAUGGAAGGAGGGUUGUCUCCUCCAGUGAAGAAAGCAGAGCUGGACAGUCCGUCUCCCCAGGAAGACUCACCAAGAAUGGGAUCCUUCACUCAGCACCACCGGCCAGUCAUAGCAGUUCACAGUGGUCUGUCUCGGAGCACCCACCCCUCCUCAUCCCUCCAUUUCCCGUCCUCCUCCUAUUUCCCUCACGGAGCGAUCCGCUACCCUCCUCACUUGGCCCAGGACCCUCUGAAAGACCUCGUCUCAUUGGCCUGUGACCCCGCCAAUCAAACCCCCAGCUCAUCGGAACUCGGAAUGCCUCCUGAACUCGGAUUUCCAACUCGGAAACUCGGAGCAACCUUACCAACCCUGACAUGGGAUUCCAAGUUGAAUGGCAGCAGCCAGAUUAAAGUGCCCAGUCACUACAUUUCCUCUCAGAUGUUGGCACCGCCUGGACCCACCUCCUCCCUGGCUCCUAACCCCGCCUCCCUCCCCAGGUCGACCCUGCCUUCAGAGUCAAAGGCUACCACCACCUCCUCUGACGGGGGAGCCAACUCCCCCACGUCACCCAUCCUGGUAUCUGGGCAACUGAGGGCGCUGUGGAGCACGGCCGACUGUCGUGGACGUUCCAUCAUGGAUGAAGGGAAACAAUGUUGUCAAGACGUCGCCAAAGGAAAAAUAUACUCCGCGCUUUAGCAGCAGCACACGGAGACGCACACACACGUAAACGUACGGCGAGCGACGUUUACGUGUGUGUGCGUGAGAGACAGUCUGGGCGGACGGACAGACGGAGACAUUUUUACAGACCAACACAAACGCUCACUGAUGAUGAUUUUUUUCUAGAGAAAGCAGUGGAUUCACGCAGACGUUCCGGGUUUUUGUCUCGGAGCAGAACCAGACCCUGACUGACGAGCCUCUAACUGAACCACAUGCCCAGGACGAGGCCUGUUUCCCUGGGAUGGAUGUCAGCCUUUACUCCCCUCCCUUGCUCCCUGGUUCUCCGUGGGUCUCCCAGUGAAAGGCCUCUGCUCUGGGGCUGGACAUGGACCUCACCCCCCGUCCUUGAACCUCCAGAAUGAAACCCUCCUCCUCCUCCUCCUCCUCCUUCCUCUGCUGCAGGUGCUGCUUCUAAUAUAUGCAAAUAAGCCUCCCUUAUUUUCUGAACCAACAUAGCGUGAGAGACCCUGCUGUUGAUAUGUAAAAGUUUCUUUGCACUUUUUUUUGGUUUUGAAACUUCUUCUUCUUCUUUUACCACCAAAAAGACGGAGGCGUUGUCUUUUUUAUUGACAAUCAUCAGGCUGAAACCAUUACGUUGCUUCGCGAGGCUCAUGUUUCUAAGACUUCUUCUUUUCUUUGUUUCUAAAUCGGAAAAAAAAACAAAAAAAAAACAAUGAGUAAUAGUGGAAUAUAAGAGCUAUAUCCGUCCUCGAGACACGUCACACACGACGCUGUAGCUGGACACCGGGGACGGAGGGUGGAGGAACCCGGUCUUUGACCCCGGGUGAUUCCAGCAGAAUUUCUCUGCUGCUUCCAUCGCUCUGUCAGGACAGAUGGAGAAUAAUCCAAGCAGCCAAAGGCACAACGUUUGGAGUGAGAAAGACUUUGAACAAACAAAAACCAGGAUCAUGUGCUGAACUGGGUGUGUUUGAGAUUGUAGCACGUGGUGCAUGUGUGUGACUGUGUGUUUGUGUGUGUGUGUGUGUGUGUGUGUCACUGCUCUGCUUUGAGGACGACAGCGGCGGGAGUUUUUGUAGAUUAGAGAGGACGAGGAGGAGGAGAGAUUGAGCGGCUGAUUAAGUUAACAAUGUUUUUAUGUCGCGCGCACACAGACUUGGAUUGAGCACAAAGAAUCCGGCGGUCCUCUCCUCUCCUGUCCUCUCCUGUUCUGUCCUCUUCUGUUCUGUUCUGUGGACACCAGGGUCCGAGCCGGCACUGAGGCAGAGACGAGGUGAGCUGGACACACGGAGACAGACGAGUGAGUCGAGUCAGAAUCAGAAAGUCAGAGGCAAAGCAAUAUCCUGUCCAGUUUGGCUUCCCAUAGAUUCAUUCAUUUUGAGCUUUUUUGUGCAUUUUUAGCCUCAUUUUGUCUGUGUUAAUGACGACAUCUUAGAGCAGAGGUCUCAAACUCACGGCCUGAGGGCCACAUGUGGCCCAUCCUAAUCAAUUACAUUGGCCCAACAGUCUGUUUUUGUGAUAUAUGUAGAUUUUUAUUGAGCUCUAUAACAAAACAGACACCUUUUUUUUAAUGAAAUUCCGUCAAAAAUAUUUUUACUUGACCGGAAAAGACACGUACUCAAGGUGAUUUGAGUUUGAGACGCCUGCUGUAGAAACGUCGCAGAAGUUAAUGCCGUGAAAAAAAAUAACAAAGCGGUCGACAAACUUCAUUAAAACUAACAUAAGACAGGUUGUCUUUAUGUAACUGGGUCAAUUUAAUGUGUUUCAAGAUCCAAUUAUAGUCUUUUUUUUUCCUCUGACUUUGUCGACCGUGUUAAUUUUUUCAUUGUUGCCGAUAAUCUGCAGACACAGAGGGGGAAAAAUCCCAUAUUAAGUAAAAUUCACUUUUUUUAAAAAUAUAUAUUUCCGUGAUUACAAAGUAAAAUACUUUUCUUUUUUUUAGUAACUGACGUUUUAUAUAUUUUUUUUAUUUUCGCUUCUAGAUUCAGUUCCAGGUCUGGUGUUUUCUUGUGUUUUCUUGUGUUUUCUUGUGUCUUUGAGGUGUGGUCAGAUUGAACGUCGGGCAAACUCACAGAGAUGUGACCACUUACAUGUUUUAUUCUUACUCAAAGGUUCAGUGUGUAAAGGUUUUCAAGUGUGUCGGAAAGCAUACGUGUAGCCUUCAGUUAGCGUCAAAACUCAUCACAAGUCAAAAAACGUUUAGUUUUGUCCAUCGUGGGCCACUGUAAAAUUAUUUUUUUUGCCACUGGAGAAUAAGUACCCCUAAAUCUUACAUACUGCAGCUUUAAAAGACUGGCGUGUGUGUAGGAUUUAGUGCCAUCUAGGGGCGAAAUAGCAUAUUGCAACCAACUGAACACCCUUUGUUUCCAAAUCUAAGAGUAUAUGUGAAAGUACAGUGCAAUGCACUUCCUGUGGAACAUAAAGGUUAAAAACACACAAGAGUUCUUACUUGUCAGGUGGAGUAAAAGCAUAAUAAUAUUUAAUUUCUGAAAGAUACAUUUUUUCACACUGCACCUUUAAGUUGUCUUCCAGCUGCCCUGCAGAGAUCAAAUGUCUUUAAAUAUGAUUCCACUGACUUCGGCUGUGGUUGGAGCAUGGAGGAGCGGAGCUGAGGUCGCUGGAAUCACAGGAAAUUCUAGAUCUGCUCUUUUUCACUCAGAGCAAAAAGAAAAAUAAUAAAAACAAAAACACACCUUUAAAGACACAGAAGAAGCAGCUGCACAAACGUUUCCACCCUAAAAAGAGUUUGACAAGCUUCCAGCGCGUUCACCAGCUCCAUGUGUGGAAACUGUGUGUAUGUGUGUGUUUAAUCGGAUCAGACCUUUAUUUUCCCUCUUUAUCAAUAAUAAGGCCUUUGCACAUCAGACACUUAUUCUUUUUCCUUUGCACAUUUACAAUAUUUUUAAACCUGUAUUUGAUCAUUAAGCAUGACUGAUUAAAGGUUUUCUCUCUGAAUCAGUACCAAUUUGUUUGGUCCAUAUAUUUAUUACAUUUCCUUACAUAACUGUUGAUGGUAACAAAUAAUACAAAAAACCCUUCAGUAACCAGUUAUUGAACAGCAUUAAUGGUUUAAUGUCUGCACUGCAGUGACAUGUAUGUAUAUUUAAUUUUGUUUCCAAAAACAAUGCCACAUGUGGCACUACCUAAUCAUCUUCCAUACAAAUUAAACAAAAAUGUUUUUUCUCAAAAGUAAGACUUCUGAGGAAAGUUUUUUCCUUGUAAUUCUGAAACAAUAUUCACAUUUCACCAUAAUUCUCUUCCUGUAGCCUUGUAAUAAUUAAUAAUUGGCUGAUUAAUAAUUAAUAAUUGGCCAAUGCCAACUGCAAACAUCAUAUCAGCCACAAUAAUUGGUCUACCUCUAUCUGGCAUUGAUAUUAUAAUUGUUUUUCCUCGGUUGCAUUAGGUCACGUUGACAAUAAUCUCUGAAUUAUUUGCACUUUUGUGUCGUUUGUUUGCGUCACUGUCGACGUGCAAAGGCCUUUAAACCUCCAGGUUUGCUCUGCGUUCAGUCUGAACACAGGUGUGUGUGUGUGUGUGUGUGUGUGUGUGUGUGUGUCUUCCUUGUCCUCUCCCAGGGUUCGAGGUUAAAGUCGACAGCGCUCAGCGCCCCUUAGUGUCUCACUUUUCCUGGUUGUGGUUUAAGGUUUGGGUUAAAGCCGGCUUAAAGCUGUUGUACUGCAUGGUGCUGUCCCCUGGUCGCUGUGCUGACCUUCAAGAAUGCAUGGCUCAAACUAAUAAUACCUCUUCUUCUUCUUCUCCUUCUUCUUCUUCUCCUCAAUCCCACUCUUUCUUCUCCUCUCUCUGACACUGCGACAGAGGGCAGUGCAGGGAAUCGUUGUCUGUUAGUUCCUUUUGGAUUUUAAUAAUUGCCCUGUUGUUGAACUUCUAUUUUGCACGAUAUAUCAUGAAACACAUUAUGUGCCUUGCCUUUAGUUAAAGAAUAAUAAAUAAUACAUUAUGGAGAAAUGAUCAUACUUAUCAUGGUACAGCUGGUAGCACUUGUAAAAAAAAGAAAAGAAGUAAAAAAAAAAAAAAGCUGCAUGUGUGAUUGCUUGACAUUAAACGAUGUAGCAGG